CUCGGCUGGGGAGCGCCCCAGGGAUGCAGAACUUCUGGAAUGUUCAUCACAUCUCUCAAGCGCUAGUCACUAGUUGGUAGGAGGUGUGAGGAGUCCGUUGACGAAAUUGUCUUUGGGAGACCCUUCUUGGGAGCACAAUAUCCUCGAGGCUAAAUUAUAAAGAGGCGAUCUGCUCACCAGGACUCUCAAGUAUAUCAGUCUCAUUACCCUUUUUACACCCUCUACUGACCAGCGUUUGAACUCAUCGAGUCCGUCUGAUCUCCAUGUCUCGCCUUCUGUACGCGCUUGGUGCGCUGGCCCUGGGCCAAAGUGCGUUGGCAGCACCUCAACUUUCUCCUCGUGCUACUACCAGCUUGGAUGCCUGGCUAGCCACGGAGACUACUGUCUCUCUUAAUGGAAUCCUCAACAACAUCGGUGCCAGCGGCGCCUAUGCCCAGAGUGCCAAAAACGGGGCUGUGAUUGCCAGCCCCAGCACGAGCAACCCGGACUAUUAUUAUACGUGGUCUCGAGACUCAGCCCUUACUUUGAAGGUCCUCAUUGACCUCUUCCGUAAUGGAAAUCUGGGAUUACAGACCGUCAUUGAGCAAUACAUCAAUGCACAGGCUGCUCUCCAGACCGUAUCCAACCCCUCCGGAGAUCUGUCCAACGGUGCUGGUCUUGGUGAGCCCAAGUUCAAUGUAGACCUCAGUGCAUUCACUGGCUCCUGGGGCCGUCCUCAACGUGAUGGUCCUGCUCUACGUGCUACUGCACUAAUUGAGUUCGGUAACUGGCUGAUCGAUAAUGGAUAUUCCAGUUACGCGGUGAACAAUGUCUGGCCAAUUGUCCGCAAUGACCUGUCUUACGUUGCUCAGUACUGGAGCCAGUCCGGCUUCGAUCUCUGGGAAGAGGUAAAUAGCAUGUCCUUCUUCACCGUUGCCAGCCAGCACCGUUCCCUCGUUGAGGGGAGUGCCUUUGCCAGUAGGGUUGGCGCAUCCUGCUCCUGGUGCGACUCGCAGGCUCCACAGAUCCUCUGCUACAUGCAAAGCUUCUGGACUGGAUCCUAUAUUAACGCGAACACCGGUGGUGGUCGCUCUGGAAAGGAUGCAAACACCGUUCUAGCCAGUAUUCAUACUUUUGACCCCGAAGCAACUUGCGAUGACAUUACCUUCCAGCCUUGCUCUGCUCGGGCCCUCGCAAACCACAAGGUUUACACUGACUCGUUCCGUUCUGUCUAUUCUCUCAACUCUGGCAUCGCCCAGGGUGUUGCUGUUGCCGUGGGCCGCUACCCUGAAGAUUCGUACUAUAACGGUAAUCCGUGGUUCUUGUCUAACCUGGCCGCUGCUGAACAAUUGUAUGAUGCGAUUUACCAAUGGAACAAGAUUGGUUCCAUCACAAUCACCAGCACGUCUUUGGCCUUUUUCAAGGACAUCUACAGCUCCGCUGCCGUUGGAACUUACGCCUCGGGUAGCUCCACCUUCACAUCUAUCAUCAACGCCGUGAAGACCUAUGCCGACGGAUAUGUCAGCAUCGUGCAGGCUCACGCCUUCACCAACGGUUCCCUCUCUGAGCAAUAUGACAAGAGCAGCGGUCUUUCGCUUUCCGCCCGUGAUCUUACUUGGUCUUAUGCCGCUCUUCUUACUGCAAACAUGCGCCGCAAUGGCGUUGUCCCACCUUCCUGGGGCGCCAAGUCCGCCAACACGGUCCCCUCUUCUUGCUCCACGGGCUCUGCCACGGGCACUUACGCUACUCCCACUGCAACCUCAUGGCCCAGUACCCUGACCAGCGGAACCUCAGUUUCGACUACCUCAACUUCUACUUCUACCACUACCUCUACCACUACCUCCUCCAGUUCUUGCACUACCCCAACCUCCGUUGCCGUGACCUUCGAUGAGCUUGCCACCACCACCUACGGCGAGAACGUUUAUAUCGUCGGUUCGAUCUCGCAGCUGGGUAGCUGGAACACCGCCAAUGCUAUCGCGCUGAGCGCCAGCCAGUACACUUCCAGCAAGCCCUUGUGGUUCGUGACCGUUAACCUCCCCGCUGGUACUACGUUCCAGUACAAGUAUAUCCGCAAGGAAACGGACGGCUCGAUUGUCUGGGAGAGUGACCCUAACCGCUCGUACACCGUUCCUGCGGCGUGUGGAACCACUACCACUACUGAGAGCGAUACCUGGCGGUAGAUUGAAUGUGAAAAUAUCUUGCGGUAUCAAUAAACAGAACGUGCCUGGGCACACGAGCCAAAAGACCAAAUCUUGGAGGAUUUAGAUUACUGCCUAAUUUGAAACAAUUAGAAGUAGUGUUACUGGCAACGCAGGCCCGAUUCGGUUGAUUUUUUUCAAUUUCCA